UAACAAUAUAAAAAAAAUAUAAUACAUUAUUGAAUUUCAGGUUAUAUUUUGAAAAGUAUAUUUUAAAGAAUUUCAUAAACAGUCUGAAAUUUUUAAUUUAGAACAUGUCAGACGGUAGUCUCCUCAAAGAAAUCUUGGACUCCUUGGUGGAUUCAGAUGCCGUGCAGUUAUUUGCAACAGCGAAUGGUUUAGUUGGUGAUGUCGAGGUCGAGAACCGAUUAAGAGAACUCCAGCAUGAAAAGGAACUUAAGUGGGAAAAGCACAUAGACGACUUAUGGCAGGAGGUUCUCUCUGAUAUGGAGUCUCCUCCUAAAAAAACGUGUCAUUCUUGCAAUGAUGGCAAUCAACCUUCUACAAGUAGACAGGUGGGGGGCGGUGGGGAAAGUUCUGAUUCUAAGGACACAUUAGCAAAACCUUACUAUAUCUGGAAGAGAGAUACCAGGACCUUCAAGAAAAAUCUGGCCCGCGACACCACGUUCAAGGUCAAAUUCAAUGAACAGUGGAGGGGGGAUAAAUUAAUAGAUAUCCAAAACAAAUUACACGAGAUGUUCGACGACCUGUUGUCGCAGGCCAAGGGUCAUGAUGCGGAUUUGGGAAGGGUGGUCCUGAGUCAUCCGAGUUUAAACAAUCCUAUCGUCGUGCCGCUGCAGUCCUGGGAAAAAUUGAAUGCAGAUGUCGUCAUGUCUGAGAUCACCAAGGUACUCAAUUCGAACGAAAGCUUACCCGUAGAUGAAAACCUGCUAGUCACCAUCGGGUCCAUUGACUUACCUAAAGGGGGAGGUAACCCUAGAAAAUUACCCAUUACAACUCUUUUCGGUCCUAAAAAUAGUAUAGAAAGGAAAAAAUCACUUUUUCACGUUCAAAAUAAUGACAAUUUAUGUAUGGCCAUUUCCAUCGGUCUGUGUUUUCUAAAAACGUGUAAGAAAGUAGAUACGGUAACAUGGAAUAAUUUAGUGAGGAAUGAUCCUGGAACGAUGCUAGAUCACGCCCUCAAACACCGCACUAUUUCUCAAACAUAUUAUGACAAUAUCUUGAAAACGUCGAGACAAAAAAUGCAAACGGAGCUGGCCAUGGGGCUAUGUGAAAAAGCCGGUGUGCCCAAUGACAGGUAUUUAGGUCUGAAUGAUAUCGAACCUUUUGAAAAUUUACUUGAUGUCUCGAUCAACGUCGUGUCCUCUGCCGUUGGAAACAAAUUUGUCAGGGUCACAGAGGAUCAGGGUAAGCCUCGUCUCUAUUUGUAUCACGUGGAUUCGGAACAGGAAAAACACUGGCAUGGAAUUGCUAGGAUACAAGGAUUUUUUAAGGCGUCGUAUUUUUGCCAUACUUGUUUAAAACCGUAUAAAGAUAAAUCCAAACACUCUUGUGCCACCUCUUGUGAAGUAUGUUUACAUGACAACUGCCCAGAAACAGACGUCCAAAUGGGUUGUCGUUGCUGUGGUCGGAUCUGUCGGUCUUGGACGUGUUUUAAGAGACACAAACAACAAAGAAUUGUCAAGAAAGAGAGUUAUCCCCCCGCCUGUGACGUGUUUUACCAAUGCAAAAAUUGUAGAGUCACUCUGGAACGUGCUAAGCGCUCUCCCCAUUUACAUAUUUGUCAAGAGUGGCAGUGCCCCAACUGUCGGGAAUAUCAAACGGGGGAACACAAUUGUUAUCAGAAAUCGUAUACGUGUGAUAUGGAAAAGAGAAACAAGAAAUUUAUUUUCUACGAUUUUGAGACGCGUCAAGAUGACAUUUAUCAUUGCGACAAAGGAUACAGACCGUCUUGCAUCAGAUGUCGCCAUUGUGUUAAGGAGGAACGCCAGUGCUUAAACUGCAGACUCUGUCAAAACUGUCGAGAUCCGUCCUGCGGUCUACAACAACAUAAAGUAAACUUUGCCGUACUACAGACCACUUGUCACAAAUGCGAAAAAAUGGAACUAGUGGAGGGUGCUACCUGUCAUCAUUGUGGAAAACGAUGUACAAAAUGUUCCCGGACCCGAAAAGGAGAAUAUAUGUUUCCCCCUUGUACCGACACUUGUGGAAAAAGGGAACUCGUGUUUUCUGGUGACAGCGCGGCCGAGCAGUUUUGUGCUUACAUUACCAGUAAACACUGCAGGGACUCGAUUUUAGUUGCACACAAUGCCAAAAGUUUUGACCUGUAUCCCGUUUUAGAAGUUCUUAUCGACCGACACUCCAUUCGACCAAGCAAGAUCAUAUACAAUGGUUCCAAAAUCAUGUACAUGCACAUUGCCCAAAAACUGAAUUUAACUUUUGUGGAUUCCCUCAAUUUCCUUCCCAUGAAACUAGCUAAAAUACCAGAAGCUUUUGGUCUACAGGAACUCUGCAAAGGUUACUUUCCCCAUUUAUUUAAUACCAAAGCCCAUCAAAAUUACGUGGGGCCAUAUCCAGAAUUAAAAUAUUACGGAUACGAUGCCAUGUCGACUGGGGAGCGGAAGAAGCUUGCAGAAUGGCAUGCAACGAAAGAGAACGAAAGCUUUAAUUUUCGAGAAGAAAUGUUGCAAUAUUGUCGCUCGGACGUUGACAUACUGAGACGGGGCUGUCUGGAAUUUCGAAAUUUAAUGAUCAAGGUGACGACCGUCAAAGAACACAUUCCACAAGCAGACGGAACCGUCAAGGAAAGUACCACGUUUGGAAUCGACCCAUUUGAUUACGUCACCAUUGCAAGCGUGUGCAUGGGGAUAUUUAAAUCUUUAUUUUUGAAAGGAAAGUACAAGAUAGAAAUCACCAAAGACGGGGAAUGUUCUUGGUAUGACGUCCACACGCUUGAGGGAAUAGAAGUGAUCAACAUCGAAGAUUCGUGGACGUCAUUAAUUGACUUGAGGAAGGAGGAAAAUAUACAGAUAGGAAGACGGCAUUUCAAGAGUCCCAUAGCAGUUGUACCCUCUCAAGGUUAUACAAAACGCGACAAUUAUAGCAAGAUUUCCAUUCAGUGGUUAGAAUGGCUAAUGGAAAAAAGUCGUCAACGGGGAAAUCCUUUAAGCAUUUCUCACGCUCUCAACGAGGGUGAAUAUCAUGUCCCGGGGACCAAUUACAGAUGCGACGGAUUUGUACAGAGUCCCAACGGAAAAGGAACCAUUUACGAAUUUUAUGGUUGUGUGUUCCACGGCUGUCCCUCCUGUUUCCCAGAAGACCGAAAUUACACCAAACAUCCUUCCACCAAUCAAACUAUCAAAGAAUUAUACGAUAUGACAAUAAACAGAGAAAAAGAACUUAAAAAUCUGGGAUACAGCUUGGUUACUAUAUGGGAGCAUCAGUUUAAAUAUCAGUUGGAUAAGAAUGCGGUUUUGCAACAGUUUGUGUCGACCCUAGAUCUUCAAGACCGACUCGACCCACGGGACAGUUUUUUUGGUGGUAGAACCAAUGCCAUUAAACUACAUUACAAAGCAGGAGAAGACGAAACCAUACAGUAUUACGACUUUACCAGUCUUUAUCCUUGGACCAACAAAUACUGUCGCUACCCCGUUGGUCAUCCUACCAUUGUGACGGACAAUUUCCAGGACUUGUCACAGUACUUUGGACUUGCCAAAAUUAAAAUUCUACCUCCUAGAAAACUUUAUCAUCCUGUACUUCCUUAUAACUCGAAUGGAAAAUUAAAGUUUCCACUGUGUCGCACAUGUGCGGACAGUGAAAAUCAGAGUGAAUGUACAUGUACUGAAGAAGACAGAGCCAUCACGGGCACGUGGUGUACUCCCGAAAUUCAAACGGCAACGUCUAAAGGAUACAAAAUUUUAAAUAUUUAUGAGGUCUAUCAUUUUACCGAAUCGUCAAAAUACGAAGUCGAGUCGUGUGAGGGGGGAUUGUUUGCUAAAUAUGUAAAUAUGUUCUUAAAAAUCAAACAGGAGGCUUCGGGAUUUCCAGCCGAAUGCGUUACGGAAGAAGCUAAAUGGAAAUACAUCAGGGAAUACAAAGAAAAAGAAGGCAUACAAUUAGACUAUAACAAAAUUAAAAAAAAUCCCGGUUUGCGAUGCUUAGCAAAACUCUGUUUAAAUAGCUUUUGGGGUAAAUUUGGUCAAAGGUUAGGCAUGCAACAGUCUAUGUUUAUUCACGAAGCAGAAGCCGAAAAAUUUUUUCAGAUGCUUUCAGAUCCAACAAAAGUACCACACAAUUUUCACAUUGUUUCAAGAGACAUACUCCAUUUAGAGUGGAGUAACAACCCUUUGUUUACUCAGUUCGAUAACAAAACCAACAUAUUCUUAGCUUCUUUUACCACCAUGUGGGCUCGACUCAAAUUAUACAGUGUUCUUGACAAAUUAAACGAGAAUGUUUUGUAUUUUGAUACAGACAGUGUCAUUUUUAAGGCUAAAAAGUCGGACGACUUGAGUUAUCUACCCAUUGGUAAUUACUUGGGAGAGUUGACUAACGAGAUCGCCCCACAAGAUGGUUACAUUGUUGAAUUUGUCUCGGGGGGUCCCAAGAAUUAUGCUUAUCGUACGUUGUCGGGAAAAGAAGAAUGUAAAGUUAGGGGAUUUACACUGAACUGGGCCAACUCAAAACUGAUCAAUUUCGAUGCCAUCAAGUCCAUCAUCUGUACCUCACACGACCGACAAAUCGAAAUUGUCAACCCUUGUAAAAUAUCCAGAGACAGUAGAAAGAGGAAAUUGCUAAACAGAGUAGAAACUAAAAAUUAUAAAAUGGUGUACACCAAAAGGAGAAUUCUUCCCAACUUAGACACGUUGCCCUUUGGAUUUUAAUUGUGAAAAAAAACAAAGUUUUUAAUGUUAUCCUUUUAUUGAAAGACAAUUACAAAUAAAUGAUCCACAUUACACUUUUGUUCAUUGUUAUAACAUUGUUAAUAGGUAAGCCAGGGAAUUUUUUUCUUUUUCCGUCGAACAUUAAUGAUUCCAGGAGGUCUUCCGACUUUUUUCUUACUGACAUAACCAGUGCCAGUUUGUAAAAGGUGGUUGUCAUCCACUUGGUCGCUGCAAUUCUGGCUUCUAUCUUCGUGAAUUUGCUUCGAGGUCUGGACGGUCUCGGAUAUAGCUUGAGUCGAGUGAUCCUUGGCAUGGUCCAAUUUUUGAAGUAAAUGUUCAUAUUUCAGUUUCGGCACAAGUAUCAUUUCCCUCGCCAUUUUCUUUGGAAAUGUUGCACAAUAGGUGUUAUUAAAAGCGAUAUUAAAGAAGUAUGUUUGAUUAAUAUCCGACGUUUCUCUCGGUUGCUGACUUCUCUGGAUCCCAGAGAUCGAA